AUGGCAGUUGCUGCCUGGCACAAAGAAGCGCCGAAAUCUGUUCAAGCUACUGUCGAGCUACUGUUUGUCAUCUCCACAACGGUUUCGCCCCGAAUACUAGGACCAAAAACCUCCACACCCGCCCGCCAGCAAAGAAGACUAUCGAACAGCCGCUCCAAAGACGUGACGUGGGUCUUACUCAGCAGAGAGGCACAGAGGCUGCAAGAGCAAAGAGAAGAAAAAAAAAACCCCCCGGCGGGCCGCGAGGUGGUGGCUUGCAAGUUACGGGACGUGGGAUUGCCAGCCUGUCUAGCUAAAAAGACCCGAACCUCGGACUCACUGACGCGAGCCCUUCCUAACUACGAAUUGCCUAGCGGGAGCCUCGGAAGGAUUUUCUGCCUUCUGGUUUCUGCGACGGCGUCGGCGGUCAUCUUCAAGGUACAGUAUCUUGAGUACCCAGAUACAAAAGACUCGCGCAAUCGCGCAGCCUUGCGGCCGUGGAGCGCACGCAACGCCAGCGUCCGCGCAAGCAACUGCGGCUUAGCGUCCAUCAUGAGCUGGUUGAUUGACGGUUCGAGUCGUUCGAGGUCCCCCGAAAUGGCCUGA